CUGACCAGUUUUACUUUAACUCCUCAGACACCCUUGACUAGGGAACUCACAAAAAAACUGAUGGUAGAUCAGCCCAAUGCAUAUCUGUGUCACCUUAUUGAAGUGGACUCUAUCUGACUCUUUACACUCUGAUAAACCUGUCCUUUAUCCUCGAGUUUAAACAAACAUGGCCGCUCUGAUGUCGCUCUUUCUGGCGUCAGUCCUUCUAGAAACGGCUUUGUUAGCGUCUCAGUUUUCCCUGGAGAAGGAUUUUUUAGAGUCACAGACCCCUAAGGAACUUCUUCAUUAUUUUGACCCCAAUUCGACAACUCUGGUGCCUGAAUUUGAGGUUGUGUGGGUAAAUUGCUUCGGCAGACACUGCUCAUUUCAAGUCCAAGGCAAAGACUUUAAACUGAGGUGGAGAAACGAUUCAUCUUUGUCGUGUCCCUCCAACCUGGAGAUCGCCAUCAACACCACACUCAGUGUAAUAAACAGGAGGGAUAAUACAGUUUGCGUGCAGCUUGACGCACUGCAACCAGAACAUGCUAGAUCUUUUCUUUCAAUUUGUGAUGGAAAACUUCAAGGUCUACUCCUCUUGCAGUCAGCAAAGCUAUACAUUCAUCCAUUGCUCCAAAAACAUUUGGAUCACCUAAGAAACUCUGUGGUUACACCUCCAGGUGUGCCACACAUCAUCGUGCCACACCCAUCACCUGUAAGGACACACCUUCAGGAGUCACAGAGUCAUCGUAGGCUUCAGAGAUCCCUUCCAGGAGCAGAGGUCACCCAUUUGGAGCUGCUGGUUGUGGUCGGUCCUGAUGUCCACGAGCUUCACAAGCAGGACACAGAGAGAUACAUCCUCACCAACCUGAACAUUGCGUCCGAACUAUUACGAGACGUGACUCUAGGUGCUAAUAUAAGAGUCCACCUAAUCCGUAUGAUCAUUCUCAAUGAGCUGGAGCCAGAUAUUCAGAUCACUGAUGACAUCACUUCCUCUCUGAGGAGUGUGUGUGAGUGGGGCCAUAAAGUCAACCCUUCCCUUGAGACUGACCCCCUGCAUGCAGACCUGCUCCUGUAUAUCACCAGGUUUGAUUUAGUAUUGCCCAAUGGAAAUAAACAGGUGAGAGGUGUGACCCAGCUGGGCGGGUUAUGUUCUAGCCAGUGGAAUUGUGUAAUCACAGAAGAUACAGGCUUUGACCUCGGCAUCACUAUUGCACACGAGAUUGGCCAUAGUUUUGGAAUAAACCAUGAUGGAGUAGGCACCACGUGCGGCAGCAGCGGGUUUAUAAUGGCGUCUGAUGGCGGGUAUAACAGUGUAGAUCUCACCUGGUCUCAAUGCAGCCGAAACCAGCUCGUUGACUUCUACAGUGCAGGCAAGGCCGAGUGUGUAAAGGAUGUACCGGUGCUGGGAGGAUCACUGCAGGAGUGGAAACCGGGAUUGUAUUUUGGUGUGGAUGAUCAGUGUCGUAUUGCAUUCGGGUCCACAGCAACUGCCUGCUCUUUCGCUAGUACUGACAUGGCCACAUGUCGAUUUCUGUCCUGCCACAUCGUCCCUGGUAAUCGAAGCACCUGUACACGUCUUCUUGUCCCACUGUUGGAUGGCACUGAAUGUGGACUAAAUCAGUGGUGUUUAAAGGGCCGAUGUGUAUCUGCAUCCAAGCUGAGUUCCUCUUUGCUGGUUCAUGGUUCCUGGUCAUCCUGGUCUGAAUACUCGUCCUGUUCACGCACCUGUGGAGGAGGCAUCACAUACCGCAAGAGAGAGUGCAACAAUCCUAGGCCAGUAUUUGGAGGGAGAGACUGUGAGGGAGAGGGAACAGAGGCUGAACUUUGUAAUCGUCAGGCAUGUGAAAGUAACCAGCAUGAGUUCAUGGCCCAGCAGUGCUCGGAUACAGACCAUCAACCCCUCAUGCUUUCUGCUUACUCAACCACUGCGCACUCAUGGAUACCUGCAGUUGGUUUCAUUUCAGGUGACGCUCAGUGUAAGCUGAUGUGUCGCUCUAGUGAGCAGGACUUCAUGGUGAGUCGUGGGGAUCAGUUUAUCGACGGGACGAGGUGUGAACUCGAUGGCCCUGUCACUGCUGGCUCUGUAACUGCUUGCCUAAACGGGAAGUGCAGGGUGUUUGGAUGUGAUGGUGUGUUGCACUCAGGGAAGGUUCAGGAUGUUUGCGGGGUGUGUGAUGGAAAAGGCAACACCUGCCAUCUUAUUACUGGCUCCUACAUAGGUGGAGAGGCCAAAGAGUAUGUCACAUUCCUCAUUCUGCCAGUGAACGCCUCUCAGGUUCACCUUAGUAACUGGAACCCAGUUUUCACCCAUAUGGCCGUGCUGGUGAAUGAUGAAUAUAUAGUAGCUGGAGCUGGGGAUAUAGCAUUAAACACUACCCACCCGUCACCCUUAGAGGAGAACCACAUGAUCUAUAAUCUCUACCUCACCCCUGACCUCCUACCUCACACAGAGGAGCUCCUUCUGUCUGGACCAAUCUCAGACAAGAUUCACAUACAGGUAUAUCGGAAAUAUGGAAGGGAGUAUGGAGACAUCACGAGCCCAAACAUCACCUAUCGGUACUACAUGCCUGACGCUGAACCAGUGGGGAAGAUAAGUGAGGGUCGAUGGACCACCGUGGUUUCGUCUUGUUCUGUAACCUGUGGCUCAGGGAUUCAGAGGGUUAGUCAGGAGUGUGUUGACCUGAACACUCAGGAACACCUAGAAGAGCAACUUUGCAGCCCAGUUACCCCAAAACCAGUUACCCUGCAGCCAUGUCACCUACCUGACUGUCCACCCAGUUGGGUUGUGGGUGAAUUUGGUCCUUGCAGCGCCCCCUGUGGAGUUGGAGAGUGGGUUCGUUCUGUGUCCUGUGUGCAGAAACGGGGUAUGAAAAAAGUAGCAUUGCCAGAUUCUGCAUGCUCGGAGAUAACCAAACCCGCAGCAAGAGAAAUCUGCAACACUCAGCUCUGCCCUGCCCGAUGGCAGGUCUCAGAGCCUGGUGAGUGUUCAGCUGUGUGUGGCCCAGGUGAGGCUCACAGAUCAGUGUCCUGCAUCCGCUCCCACCGUGGUGCUGAGAUGAGGAUAGACGAAAGCUUCUGUUUGCACCCCAAACCUUCUGAGCAUGUUCCGUGUGUGGUGAACGUGUGCCCUAUCGGCUGGGAAACACACGAGAAGGAUCAGCAAGACCACAAAGAGUCACCUUCUGUAAUAUUCCGGUCCAAAAUAAUCCCAGUAUUUGUGUGGAGCCCUGUGAUUGGGCAUUGUACAAAGACUUGUGGAAAUGGUACUCAGCACAUAUGGUUCUCCUGUGUCAAUCAUCAUUCACGACUAGAUGUCCCAGAGUAUCUUUGUGAUCGCUUGAGUAAGCCUGAACCGUAUACGAAGCUGUGUGUCCAGUCACCCUGCCCUGCCAUGUGGCGCUACAUACAGGGAGAGUGCAGUGUGUCAUGCGGAGGUGGUGUAGCGAGACGGUUGCUGUACUGCUCCCAGAUGACUGCAGAGAGAGAUGAGGGCAUGGAAGUAGUUCUAUCAGAUGCAGCCUGUCCCCCUGCCUCCAGACCUCUAGAUGUUGUCCAGUGUAACACCGAGCCCUGUCCAGCAAGGUGGCAGGUGGGUGAACAGGGACCAUGUUCAGUUUCCUGCAACAUGGGUGUAGCGUUAAGGAGGGUCUCGUGUGUCCAGUUCGAUGGAAAAUUGGAAAGAGAAGUCGAGGAUAAGCUAUGUGAAGAAGGCAAGAGGCCUCCUCUCACAGUACCCUGCUUCUCCCAGGCCUGCUCCUUCCACUGGCAUGUACAGGAGUGGAGUGAGUGUUCAGUCUCUUGUAGCUAUGGGAUCCAGUCUCGGACCGUUUCAUGCCUUGGGCCAUCCAGCCCUCUACCCAUCACACCCAUCCUCUGUGUCCACCUUCCCAAACCCAUCACUAUACAGGCCUGCUACAGUUCCAACUGCUCCACCCCAGGGACAAGCACUGCUCCUACAGAGGAACCCUUGAGCAAAUGGAGUACAUUGAAACUCUUAGAUGAGGAAAAAAGUAACAUGUCUGCCCCUACUGGAGAGAUAGAGAAGUUCGCAGAAGUUCAACCUACAGUACCAGUGUUGAGAAGCACCACAACAUUGUCAACACAGCCUCCACAGAGCAGUCUGUGUGGGCAGCUCUUUCUUCAGGACACGGGAAUCAUCGACCUACGGAAUGUCAGCAAGAGGCGGUGUUUCAUCUCUAUCGGUCGUCCUCUUGAUGAAGUUAUCCAAAUCAAAAUCGAGUCCAGCUCUCUGAAUUGUAGACAGAAGGAAAAUCUUGCCCUUUAUGAGAGAAAGUCUCUGAAGCAAAUAUGUGAAAGGUUGGCUGGAAAGAUACUGACAUCACGCUCGAAUGUUCUGUUGGUGCGUCAAAGCCGUGUCACACCUGGAAAUGGAGUACUGCUCUCCUAUCAAAGUAAGAAGAAUAUAAAGACAAGCCAUCACGAAGAUUGUGAUGUUCAGUUGUUCUCUCCAUCUGGUUUGAUUGAGAACCCGGUUAGGACAUCAUCAUCCUCAUCCUCCAGCAUGCAGACUUGUCGGGUGUUUAUCAAUGCCCCGCCUGAACUAAAGAUACAGAUCAGGGUGCUGUCUUUAAUCAAUACAACAUCUUCAGACUCAGCAUAUGUACUGAUCCGAGAUGUAGAUGCUGUAAAAACUGCAGUUUUUAAAGGCACACAGCUUUUCCACUGGACUUCUACAGGAAGCAGGGCAGAGGUGGAAUUCCAUGGGGAAUACCAGCAAAUGAAGGGAACAUUUAAAGCAGAGUAUUCAUAUAUUAAGCCUGAGGAGGCUAAACUGACCUAACCCUUUAUUAACGUAUCUAGGAAAGUGUCUAUGAUAAUGUCAGCAAUUUUUUUACUAAGGAUUUUAAUACAACAUUUGACUGUUUUGCUCUAACACAACAUGUAAACUUUACAAUACAUUAGUAUUACUGUUGAUGUCUUUUCUAAAGGUUCACUUAGUGCUGUUGAAUUGAUAAUCUGAGAUUAUUUAAUUGUGAUUUUAAACAUGUCAUUUCAUACUGUAGUUUAAACCUAUUAACCCUGUAAUGUUUGCUAGUUAAAAUGUCUCAUUAACUAGACCUGCUGUAAACUGCAUUCAUGACAGAAAAGGUUGAUCAAUUACAAUUGGUGCCUAAGAUUAAUUUUGACUCGUUUGAUGAAGAGACGCUCAGUCUUAAUGUCCAUUAUUAA